UUGACAGGUCGUUAGCCGCGCAAUGGCGGAUCGUGAGGAGCGUGUGUCCCGAGCGGUGCUGGAGGAAGCGGUGCAGGCUUUCCGCCGCCGUUAUCCCGGGUGCGAGCCCAGCAUCGCCGUGGCAGCUCCGGGAAGAGUAAAUCUAAUUGGAGAGCACACCGAUUACAACCAGGGGUUCGUGUUACCCAUGGCUCUCCCAAUGGUCACUGUGGUGGUUGGGUGCCAAAGCACAGAUGGAAUAAUUUCGCUAUGUACUUUGGCAAAGGAAGCAGAUGACCCAAAGCAACUGGAAUUCCCCGUGCCCUCGGAGGGAAACCCUUUGGUCCCAGGGUUACCUAAGUGGGCCAAUUAUGUGAAGGGAGUUAUUCAACAUUACAGGGCGGGCUCACUCACUGGCUUCAAAGCAGUAGCAGCAAGUAAUGUCCCAUUCGGUGGAGGGCUUUCCAGUUCAGCAGCCUUGGAAGUGGCCUUCUACACCUUCCUACAACAGAUUUGUCCAGAUGAUGGGGAUUUGGUGCAGAAGGCACUGACUUGCCAGAAAGCAGAGCAUACUUUUGCUUCCAUGCCCUGUGGAAUCAUGGACCAAUUCAUUUCAGUGAUGGGGGAAGCUGGUCACGCCUUGCUGAUCGACUGCAGGUCUUUGCAGGUGACCCCUGUGCCGAUCAGUGACCCCAAUCUGGUGAUCCUCAUCACAAACUCGAAUGUCCGACACAGCCUGACCGGCAGUGAGUACCCAACCAGACGCAAACAAUGUUUAGAGGCUGCAGAGGUGCUUGGGAAAGAUAGUCUACGAGAUGCUUCUAUGGCUGAAUUGGAAGCUGCAAAGGCGCGUCUGGACACUGAGGUGUAUCGCAGAGCCCGUCACGUGAUCAGUGAAAUCAAACGGACAGCUGAGGCGGCUGAUGCUCUAAAAUCCAGGAAUUACCGGGAGUUCGGGAAUCUGAUGGUGCAGAGUCACAAUUCACUGAGGGAUGAUUACGACGUCAGUUGCCGGGAGCUGGAUGAGCUGGUUUCUGCAGCAGUUAAUGGUGAAGGUGUCUACGGCAGUCGAAUGACUGGAGGAGGCUUUGGGGGUUGUACAGUUACCUUACUGGAAGCUGCAGCUGUGGAGAAAACUAUCCAGCGAAUUAAGGACACCUAUAGUGGAACACCAACAUUUUACAUCACCAAACCUUCCAGAGGCGCUCAUCUACUGCAACUGUGAGGAAUGAUCCGAGGGCUCAACCCAAUACAGAUAUCUACUUACUAACCAGCAGAGAGAGCAGCUUCAUCUGAUCCCGUGCAACAGAGAGAGAGAACAGCCAGCCUCUCAAUAGCUGAUGAACAAUUGGUGGACCACCCUAGACAUGGUAGUCCAGUCAGUCUCAAGUCAUGAGGUCUGCCUCAUAAUGGAGUGAUCUACCAUAACUUUUGGUUACAUGGAACACAUACAAAAUGCUUGACGAACUCAGCAGGACAGGCAGCAUCUAUACAAAAGAGUACAAUCAACGUUUCAGGCUGAGACCCUGUUGAGUUCCUCCAGCAUUUUGUGUGUUACUUGGAUUU